AUUAUCACACUAUGUCUGGUUCGCUGCCGUCACAGCCAUCGUGCAUAUCCAGGCCGCGCAUACUUAUCUACAUCUUGAGACGCGACAUUCGACUUACCGACAAUCCAUUGUUCUACCAUGCUUCAUUGUUGGUGGCCAAAAAGUCAGGAUUUACAAAAAGACCCCACCGAGAAGACUCGAUUAUAUCAAAAAGUGAUACCCUAAGCCCUACACAUCUUCUCCCUGUAUACAUAUUCCCUGCGAAUCAAAUUGAAGUUUCUGGGUUCUUGUGCUCUUCAGAGGAUCGAUCUCCUUACCCCGAAGCACGAAGUGACGUGGCCGGUAUAUGGCGCACAGGGCCUCAUCGAGCCAAAUUUGUCGCCGAGGGAGUAUGGGAUCUAAAAGAGAGACUGGAAGGAUUGGGAUGUAGAUCUGGUCUAGAGUUAAGAGUUGGGAUGGUUGGUGAAGUCAUCCAGCAUAUGCUAGAAUGGUAUGCCGAAGAUGAGCACACUGAUGGAGGGAGAAGAGCCGAAGUUGCGGGUAUUUGGAUGACGAACGAGGAGGGUACUGAAGAAAAGAGAGAUGAGGUCGAAAUUAGGAGUCUCGCUGACCAGAGUGGAGUGGAAUUCAAGGUGUGGGAUGAUGAGAAGUGGUUUAUCGAUGAUCGCGAUAUCCCAUUCGAUGAUAUGGAUGAUCUUCCGAACGUCUACACAAACUAUCGCAAAAAGCUCGAGCCUUUGGGUUCUCGUCCACGGCGCACGAUUCCGACACCAAUUGAAUUACCUCCGCUUCCGCUAGAGAUACCUCCUCAGUUCCAGCCUUUUGAGAUACCGACAAGUCUUUUGAAGCUUAAAAGGUCGCUUCUCUCUCCCUUGGAAAAGGAUCCAGGUUUUGGCCUUCCCGACCCCCCUCAAUGGCCGCCCAACGCCAAGUCUGCCUACCCUUUCCAAGGAGGCGAAUCUGCCGCUCAGAAGAGACUUUUGCAUCUUGUCACUAGCGGUGCCAUUACCAACUAUAAACAGACAAGAAACGGCCUGCUGGGCCUAGACUUCAGCACCAAACUCUCCGCAUAUCUCGCCCAGGGCAUGUUGACUGCGCGGCAGGUACACUGGGCAAUGGUCGACUUUGAAGAGGGACGAGGCAGUGGAAAGGAUACGGAGGGCUACGGCAAGGGUGAGAACCCAGGCACCUACAAUAUGAGGUUCGAACUUCUCUGGAGGGAUUAUAUGAGGUUAUGUGUGAAGAAAUUUGGGGCAAGAAUGUUCCACAUUGACGGUAUCCGCGAUAUAUCAACUAUCAUGGCGAAAGCCCAGAGGAAACGCUGGAAAUAUCUCGACCGAAGCAGCGGUGUCGACGAUGACCCAGCAGAAACCCUUGAGAUGUUCACACGCUUCCAAUCGGGCCGAACCGGUAUGGGUCUUAUCGACGCCGCGAACCGUGAACUCUUCCUUACAGGCUACACGUCAAAUCGCGCCCGACAAAACGUUGCAUCGUUUCUGACCUCGCAUUUGGGAAUUGACUGGCGCGUUGGAGCCGAAUGGUACGAAUUUCUUCUCAUCGACUACGACAUUGGGAAUAAUUGGGGUAACUGGCAAUAUGUCGCUGGUGUCGGUAAUGAUCCUAGAGAAGGCAGGGUGUUCAAUCCAGUCAAGCAGUCUUUAGACUAUGACCCCCAAGGAGAAUAUAUUCGCGCGUGGGUACCUGAGCUCAGGGGUGUUAGAAUCACGAAGGGCCGUGGUGCUGGAGAGGGAUCGGGUGGAGGUGGAACGGAAGUGGAUCAGCAGAAGUUGUUGGGUGUGUAUCAAGCGUGGAAAUUAAGUCUAUGGGAGAAAGAGAAUUUGGGCCUGAGGGGGUUGGAAUGGGUUGAUAAGCCGCUGGUGAAGAUUGAUUUUAAAGUUGGGAGUGCGAGAGAUCAAGGGGUUCGUAGGCCGGGUAGAGGAGGGGGUCGGAAUAUGGGCCAGGAUGGCGAGGGAUGGGGGAGAGGGGCUGGUCGUGGCAGGGCUCAAGAUGGUGACAGUAAAGGGAGGGGACGAGGGAAUUUGAGGGGGAAUUUGCGGGACAAGUGGAGAGGCAAGGGAAAAGUGAGAGAUUUCAACAGACAGGGAAAUGAAGAUAGGAUCUAG